AAUCCCACUAACAGUUGAGCGUGGAAUAUUUAGUAGCCAGGAAAUGUCACGGAUGGACUUAUUGCACAGGUGGCCACCUAUCACGGGACCACGCUUGGUGUCACUGAGCUCCUGAGAGCGACCCAUUCUUUCACCAAUGUUUGUAGAAGCCGUCUGCAUGCCUAGGGGCUUGAUUGUAUACACCUGUGUCCAUGGGGGGGAUUGGAACACCUGAAUCACAUGAUUUGGAGGGCAGGGCCAAUACUUAGGCAAUAUGGUGUAUAUUGCCCAUGCCUACAUGGGGGGACAUGUAUUGCCAAUGCCUACACAUGGGGGGACAUAUAUUGCUCGUGCCUACACAUGGGGGGACAUGUAUUGCUCGUGCCUACACAUGGGGGGACAUGUAUUGCCCGUGCCUACACAUGGGGGGACAUG